CUAUAGCCAACUCAAACAGACUCAACAUGCAACAUCUUUCCGUUAUUCUCUGUUGCUGUUUCGUGGCUUUGACUGCAGCUGACAAGCUUGGCUAUAAUUACCAGCCCGUCGCUCAUUCCGGCUCUGGACUGUCAUUUGCGCCUGACGACGCUGCCAGCAAUGUGUCGCCCUCAUAUGCAGCAGGACUUGGCCCAGCUGCUUAUUCUGGUGACGCAGGCUCAGCCCAGCCGUCACUUGUGGAGCCAAGCGGGCCCAUUGCUGCGCCAUCUGCAGAGGCUCUAGAUUAUUCUGCGGCGCAGCCUGAGCUGCAGAAAGAGUUUAUCACCUAUACGGUGAAUGAGGAGGACUUCGAUGAGCCAGCUGCAUCUGAAAAGGUGUCCAACUCGUUGAGCAAGGCUCUGCGUAUUGUCUUUGUCAAGGGGCCCGAAAAUAAUGGCCUGGAGAGAGCCGCUGUGGCUCUGGCCAAGCAGGCCGCCCAGCAGGAGACCGCCAUAUAUGUCCUGAGCAAUCAGGCCGAUAUCAAUGAUUUGGCCAACAAGCUCAAUGCCAUUCGCAGUAAUGCCAAUAACAAGCCCGAGGUGCACUUCGUCAAGUACCGCACUCCUGAGGAUGCCUCAAAUGCUCAAAAAGCCAUUCGGGAUCAAUACGAUCAGCUAGGUGGAUCAUCCUCCCAUCAGGACGGCGGUGCUGCACCCGUACUCAAUUUCGCCUCUAGUGCGCCAAGUCCAGCUACUGCACCAGCACCAGCAACAGCACCACAAAUAGCUGAUGAGGCAGCCACUGAGCCUAUUUCCUCAUACAUUCCACCUGUAACUCCAGGCAGCACGUAUUUGCCUACAAACCUUUUGCGCCGCUUGCGAGUCUAACUCUUAG